CAGGUCUAACAUUCCCCUCAAGCUGAACUCUCGGUGAAGCAAGAGGAAGCUUGGACACUAGCUGCAAACUAAAAACAUGAGAGAAGUCUGACGUGCGCUGGUAGCUACUAACAUCGACGAUGAAGAGGGAGAAGCAUGGCGUGCACUGAAAUGGGAGAAAAACAACAAUGGUCAAAUGAGCAAAUAAAAUGCUUAUUAGAGACUUGUAUUGAAGAGGUAAACACGUUGGGUAGAAAAGGGUUGAGUUUGCACAAAGAGUCGUGGAAUAAGUUACAGUGGAAAAGGGUUGAGUUUGCACAAACACGUUUGGGCUUGAUUUGAGUCAAAAACAGAUGAGAAAUGCGUAUGACAAUCUGAAAGCCAAAUACAGUGGAUGGGUGUAUUUGAAAAACAAAACUGGCAACAUAUACAAUGCUCAAACAAAUACUUUUACCUUAACGAACGAGGAAUGGGAAGAUUUUAAAAAGGGGCAUCCAAAGGCUGGAUCCUUGAAAACAGUUCCAUUGCCUUUUCCAGAGCUUUGUGCAGAAUUGUUUGAUGGUAAUGCUGCCACUGGGAUGCAUAAGUGGACCUCAACCCAACAAACAUCACUGGAUGCAUCAUCUUCUCAUUGUCGUCCUAAACCACUUUUGCUACAAGACACUGUUUUGCAUGAAAUAGAAGAUGAUGUUACUGACACUGGUCAUCAGACCUUUGACAGUACUCCUAAACCUACUCCUGAGCCUAGUCCCGAUCGCAAAGAAGGCCCAACAGUUGUUGAGUGUUCAGAGAAGCUAAAGUUGGUUGGGUUAAACCCAAUAGAUCCCUUAUUUUUAGCUGCUUACCCUAUUUUUGGUGUGUCAUCAGACAUGAGGGUGACAUGGAUGGCAUUGCCAGAAAUUCCAGAAACAUUGUUUGCUUUUGUUAUGUUGGAAAUAUUGUUUGCUUUUCUUAUGUUGGAAACAUUGUUUGGUUUUGUUAUGUUCAAAACAUUGUAUGCUUUUGGUUAUGUUGAAUACAUUGUGCAAGCCACCAAUGAGGGCGCCAGCAUCCCUGUGGCUGCUACCAUACCGGUCAUUUCAGCCCCGGUGCUGCCUCUGGGCCUGAGCUCUGUCCCGACGGCCAGCGUGAUCAGUCCCUUCGUGACCCCCGUCCCUUCCGCUAGACCGAGGGUAACGUUCCCACCAAGCAUGACUCAGUUCAUGAAUGACCCAGCCAACCUACAAGCCAUCCAGGUCUUUGGCCAGGUCAUGGCCAUGUGCCAGCAGAACGGGGGGAUGCCUUUCCUCCCUGGUAUGUUCCCAUUCGCCCUUCCAGGUGCGGGGACCAUGCCCCUACAAGCUCCGAUGGCGGUGACGUCGUUCCAGACGCCGAUGCCGCAACCAUCACCUUUCCAGCCCCAGCUGGUCAGCACCAUGGCCCCUGUCAACUUGGCCGGUGCACUUAACGCUGCAGGGCCGUCGCGUCCCCCGCAAGCUACGGAUCUGCAGAUCACUCCUGAUGGUCAUUGCGUCUCGAUUGAGAGUGAUGACGGCGAGUGGGACAUCCCAAGGGCCCACAAGAAGAAGAAAGGAAAGAACAUCCGGCCAGCAACCUCCCGAAACUCCGCCUUCGAAAGGCUGGGGAUUAGGGAGGAAGGCCAGAGGAAGUCAGCCAAGCAGAGGCUGGGGCAGAGCGUUGCCCAUGUCAGCGCAUUCGCCCGGCUAGGCGAGGUGCGGGAGGCCGAGCCUGCCCGCACCCGGCGCUCCCGGUCUAACCGGCAGGAGCCGGCAAGGACGAGGGCCUCUCACCAGGAAGGGGAGGCAGAGAUCCAGCCCAGGUUACCGGUGGCGAACCGGUUAACCAUCCCAAACGACCGCGUCCAGCAGAUGGAGGCAAAGCUGGAAAAGAAGGUCGGAGAGAAGAAUGACUGGGACAAACCCCUAGGAGGGUCCCCGUUCACCGCAAGGGUCCAUCUGACACCUUUCCCGCGAAAGGUCAAGAUCGACGCCCCCAGAUUCACCGGGAAGGAAGAUCCGGAAAUCCAUCUGGACUCCUUCAACCAGAGUGCGACCAUGAACGAUUGCACCGAUGAAGAAAAGUGCCUUCUUUUCUUCCAGACCUUGCGGAACCGAGCCACUGAAUGGUUCAAUAAGCUUCACCCGGGAAGCAUUGACUCGUUCAGUGAUUUGGCCUCAAAAUUCAAGGCCAAGUUCCAGGAGAAUUGUACUAAGAGGAAGAAAUUCACCUAUCUUAGUACAACCGGGCAGAGGGAGUCUGAGAAGCUUACUCAGUUCCUUACCCGGUGGAAGGAAGAGGUGGACAAGGUGGAAGAGAUGGAUGACAAGACCGUCCUCUCCCUCCUCUUGAAUGGCUUGCGUGCCGGGGAACUAUACAAGGAGUUCUGCCGGAAACCCCCAGCCACGUACCAAGAGGCCUACCAUACUGCGUGGGAGUUUGCUGAAGCUGAAACCCAACUCCGGGCAAAGAGAGAAGCUGAGCAUGGUCACAAGCCCAAGCCGGUGCAAGUCAAGAAGGAAGAAGCACCGGGGCCUAGCCGGCCGAGGCACCACUAUGACCCGGUCAUCCGAGUGGACAAUACAGAAGAAUGCCAAGAAGUCCGGAAAGCACCUGUCAUUCCUCCAGAAAACCCUACCGAUGAUCGACAGUGGAGAGCUGGGCAAAGAUUACUUGCAGAAAGCCCAGGAGAAGAGUCAUCAGUGGGUUAGGCCAACUGCCCCAGGGAAUGA